AUGAACCAAAUCUAUUUUCUUUCUUAUUUAUUACCUCACUUGUUGAUCAAAGUCAUAUUUACUUUAUCCAUUCUUAUCUAUCUAUCUAUCAACCUAUCUAUCGAUCUAUUUAUCUAUCUAUCUAUCUAUCUCAGCCUCUACCUUGAGUGUCUCCCUUUUAAAUCUAUCUAUGUAUCUAUAUCUAUGAUCUAUCUAUCUAUCUAUCCCAUUCCAUAUCUAUCUAAUAAUCUAUAUCUAUCUAGUCUAUCUAUCCCAUUCCAUAUCUAUCUAUUAUCUAUCUAUCUAUCUAUCUAUCUAUCUAUCUAUCUAUCUAUCUAUCCCAUUAUAUAUAUAUAUAUAUCUAUCUAUCCCAUUCGAUAUCUAUCUAUCUAUCUAUCUAUCUAUCUAUCUAUCUAUCCCAUUCCAUAUCUAUCUAUCUAUCUAUCUAUCUAUCUAUCUAUCCCAUUCCAUAUCUAUCUAUCUAUCUAUCUAUCUAUCUAUCUAUCUAUCUAUCUAUCUAUCUAUCCCAUUCCAUAUCUAUCUAUCUAUCUAUCUAUCUAUCUAUCUAUCUAUCUAUCUAUCUCAUUCCAUAUCUAUCUAUCUAUCUAUCCCAUAUCUAUCUAUCUAUCCCAUAUCUAUCUAUCUAGUCUGUGUUUAUCUAGUGAUUAA